UAUUCUUUGGUGAAAAUAACACACCUUAGAACGUUCGCCAACCAAUCAGAUUCAAGCAUUCAACAGCGCCCCACCCCACGCAAAGCAACCACAGAGUGUACUGUAGUCAUGACAACCUAACAAUCCGGAAGAACUCCACAAGCGCGUCAGCGAAAUAACACAACAUGGCUGUGAAUGUCACACCAGGUUUAGUGAUCCCAGAGCCUUCAGACUACAGCAGCUGUGAAGAUGAUCAUGAUGUGACUUAUUUCACAGAUCUGCAUCAGCCUGAUAAUAAUCUUCCGGAGCCUGCGAGAACGAUCGAUAAGCUGUUAAAUAACCUUGUUGACAGUGCAUGGGAAGUUAUAUCAAAGCAGGAGAAGACUGAGAAGAAUGCACAAGCACCAAGACAAAUUCCUGUGCUGAAUGCUACUAAAGAAAUGAAGCUUCCAGCCAGAACUAAUUGUAUUGUGUGCUCUGAGGAUGGACUUUACAUGUUUGUGGGUCAUGCUCAUGGUCUGUCAGUCAUCAGUACAUCCACUCUCACCUGUGUAAAAACUUGGCAGAAUGAAAGAGUGGAGCUUACCAGCAUCUCUUGUGCCUCUCUGGGGGACGUCACACACCUGUUAUGCACAGUGGAUGACAUGGGUAUUGCACGGCUUUUUGUGCAUCACAUGGAGAAUAUUUAUUUAAUAAAAAUCAUCAAUGAAACUGAAGAUAUAAACCAAAGAAACAUCUGUGCAAAAUUUGAAGUGUCUAGAAGAGGGGACUUUGGAGCUGCAGUCAUGAUGUGUAAAUUUUGUAUUGAAAUAUGGGUUUUUAUAUAUAAAAAUAAAAUUACAGUUAGUUGUGAAAGCACUGAUUUAUUAAUGCUGUUGUUAUAUAUUGUCAAUGUCACUGAAGCCAGUGGUUCUGUUUGGUUGGAGGUCUAUCGCUUCCCACAAGAUGUGUGGUUCAAAGAGCUGGAAACAAAACGGGCUACACAAUCCCAAUGGGCCACAGAAGCCAAAUUGUCUCCAAUAGUUUUACUCAUGAAGAUCAAACCUCCAGAAAUCCCUGCAGGAUCCUCUCUGAAAAGUCCAUCUGAGGUCCUGCAGAAGACAGAGGAAGGCACUAUAAUAGGCUCAGGCCAAAAUCACCUCAUUAGUAGUCAUCAAUGGGAAAACCAGAAUGUGGCAUUUAAGAAAAUGUUCGUGAAGUACCUCAGCUCCAGCUCUAUGAGACCAUCACAGCAGAAAGCAGAAGGUCCCAGCAACUGCACUUGUCACUUCUUACUGCAUGAGGGGUUUUAUUCAAUCCCUGGGGAAAUUAAGGCAGCUAAAGAUAUUCCCAUUGCCAUGUGCCUGUGGUGGAAUGGCAGUCAUAAUCUCUUGCAGUAUCUUCUGUUGAAGAAAGAGAAAGACAGUGAACCCAGACCGGAUGUUUUGUGGCCCAAUUCUCAGGAAAUCAUUUGCUCUGCUGUCAGUGCCUGCACACGGUUCAUUGUUCUAGGGCUUGAUGGCCAGCUGGUUACUAUAUGGGACAGACGGUUUGGGUGUCCAUAUGCCAAUAUUGUGAUCCCAGGAGACAGUGCCAUUUGCAGGAUGAAGCUCCUUUUGCAGAGUCAACUACCGGUCACUCCUCUUCUUCAGGGUUCCUUUUUACCCACACUCCAGUUAGUGCUCACCUGCAGAAGUGGGGAGUGCUACAGUGUGACUGCGAGCAGAGGAGAAGACACGUGCACUGUUCCACUUAUCGAGAGACCCGCAGACCCAAGCUGUUCUGUCUCUGUUGCUGUACCUGUGCCCUUCCUGAAGUGUCUGAUUUUGUUGAUGCAGAGAAAUGGGCAAGUAUCUAUAUGGGAAAUGGAGGAUGGAGCACCAAUGUUCAUCUUAAAUCUGCCUCACACUCAUGUGCUCAGCUCACUCAGGGAACCUGUGUAUGUGCUCGAGCCAAUCCAACAAAAUCUGUAUAUUACAGGUAACAGAAAAACACCUUUAGCAAAGGUGACUGAUAGCGGAGAGGAUGAGAGCUCCCUCUUCAUCUUCAGCUUUUCAGAAUGUUCAUUGAUGGAUCUGUACCGUGUCAAAAGGCCUGCUGUAGCUGAAAAAGAGACCAGAGCCACACUUUCAGGUUUGGAGGAGGCCUGCAACUUUUAUUUCCAGGAAAGAGCUGACUCUUGGAAAGAGAGGAACAGAAAUUUACCUUUCCAGUGGGAGCAGUUACCGAAGCAUGCUAUUAAAUUAAACUUCACACAAUAAGAAGAGAACCAGACACAACAUGCUGACAGACAAAGAGAGCAUUUUCUUUCUUUCUUUAUAUUUAUGUGGAUCAAAAACAUGCAUGCAUUCAUUCAUCUUUGGUGAUGUUGAUCCCAUCAGCUAGAGAAAACAGUAUAUUUUAACCUUUUAUGUCAUCUUUUUUUUUUUUUACAUCUAAUUCUGUAAAGUUAAAAAAUUAUAUAAUGAAAGUUCAUUUCAGGUCGGGGUUGUGAGGAGGGUACACGUCAGUUUUUGCUUAAAUGUGUUAUAUCUGCACAUGCCUUAAUAUAUGUGUUUAUAUAUGCAUGAGCAAUCUGUACAUUUGAUUGUUUAUUCUGACUUGAUUUACAGCUCAAAUGCAAUUAUUUGUUAUCUACUUAACAAAAGGUCAAGUAAACAAAAUUCAGUAUAUUUGUUGGCUGGGCAGUGCACAAAUUCAGAGACCAUAGCAAACUGACUGUUCUGCACAAUCCAUGGCCUGUUCUGAAGAAAAUGUACAUAGCAUCACAGCUAAUGAUAUCUCCCACACAUUAUUAUACUGAAUGUCAGCACCAUUUCCUGGUUGUAUUGUUCUUUUUCAUUUCAUAUGACAGGCCAUAGGCACUGGCUUUCAGCUUUGCUCCACUUAAGUCUUUUCCGGGAAGCAGAUCUUUUCAUUAUUAGUGUCGUUUGUACUGAACAUCAACUUAAUUGAACUUGAGCUGCAAUAUUAAUCGAUGUAGCUAGUUAUUUUAUUCCUCGGGCUUAUUAAAAAACUCUGCCAUUCAAAGUUA